UCCACUGGAAAAACCCUACCGAAUAUUUAGUUUUGCGCCUUCGUCGCAAUCUGCAGGGCGUCAAGCUAUGAAUGUUUAUUGCAUAGCCAAGCCUCAAGCUCUGCAAAAUGAAGCUAGUUGAAGGCAUUUUGAUCUCCUUACUAUCCAAGAUGUUGCUUCUUAUGCGCAACCUCUUUCAAAUUGGUCGGAGAACUUCCCUCCGAGUGAGCUCAUUUGCUAUUUCAUAUUCUGAAAACCCUAGUGCGUCUGGUGCUUCAUCAUCGUCAUCAUUGUCACGUAGUUCCUUCAUUGCUUGCCCUUUGGUUUGGUUCACUAGUUUUCUUUUUGUAUUUAGAUUCCCUUUUGUCUCCAAGUCAAGCCCCCAAGGUUGUAUUGAUGACAUUACCUCUGACUCAUUGCGAAGCAUGUCACAAAAUGGCCAUUGGGAUGAUCCAAAAAUGGCCAGUAUAUUUACAUCAGCAUUAGCGCCCAUUUGGGUGUGCAAGGUUUUGGGGAAAUUGAAGGACGAUCCGAAGCUUGCCUUGAGGUUCUUUAAGUGGACAAGAAGCCAAAUCGGUUUCCGCCACACCAGCGAAUCGUAUUGCAUCGUGGCUCACAUUUUGUUUUGUGGGAAUUUUUACCUUGAUGCAAGAGAGAUACUUAGGGAGCUAACUUUGCUAAAUAUAACACUGCCAGGUUAUGAUUUGUUUGAUAUGUUGUAUUCGACAAGGAAUGUUUGCCGUCCAGGCUAUGGAGUAUUUGAUUGUUUAUUUAGCGUAUUAGUUGAGUUGGAAAUGCUUGAAGAAGCUAGUCAAUGUUUUUGGAAGAUGAAGAAGUUCGUGGUUCUUCCAAAAGUGCGAUCCUGUAAUGAGCUUUUGCAUAGACUUUCGAAAGCAGGUAAAAAGGAAUCAUCCAUGAAGUUUUUCAGGAACAUGGUUGAGGCUGGCCUUUCACCCACCAUUUUCACAUAUAAUAUAAUGAUAGGAUAUUUGAGUAAAGAAGGAGAUUUAGAAACUGCUAGGAAUUUUUUUGAAGAAAUGAAACGGAUGGGCCUCACUCCAGACAUAGUGACAUAUAAUUCUCUCAUUGAUGGACAUGGAAAAGCAGGCUUAUUACAUGAAGCAGUUGAUAUAUUUGAGGAAAUGAAAGGUGUAGGAUGUGAACCGGAUGUGAUAACCUACAAUUCUCUAAUUAAUUGCUUCUGCAAAUUCGAAAGAAUUCCUCAAGCUUUUGCUUAUCUGCAUGAGAUGAAGAAAAGGGAGUUGAAACCAAAUGUUAUAACUUAUAGUACACUUAUUGAUGCAUUUUGCAAGGCAGGUAUGAUGCUGGAAGCAAUCAAAUUUUUUGUUGACAUGAGACGCCUUGGUCUUUUACCUAAUGAAGUUACAUAUACGUCUCUGAUUGAUGCAAACUGUAAACUAGGUAAUAUGGUUGAAGCAUUUGCACUGGCAAAUGAUAUAUUGGAGGCUGGACUCAGCUUAAACAAUGUGACCUAUACCACUUUAUUGGACGGUCUUUGUGAAGAUGGUAGGAUGAAAGAAGCAGAGGAGUUAUACAGGGGAAUAUUAGAAGCUGGAGUGGCUCUUAAUAUAAAAACUUAUACUGCCCUUGUUCAUGGAUAUGCUAAGGCUGAGAUGCCUGAGAAAGCAAUGGAUAUUUUGAAAGAAAUGAAGAAGAAAAGCAUCAAAUCAGAUAUAUUGCUUUACGGAACCAUAAUAUGGGGCCUUUGCAAGCAGAAGAAGAUUGAAGAAGCAGAGGCUGUAAUACAUGAGUUAAAGGAUUGUGGUCUAACUUCAGAUAGUUAUAUAUACACAACCCUUAUGGAUGCAUAUUUUAAGGUUGGAAAAACGACAGAGGCACUUAAUCUGUUUCAAGAAAUGCAGGAACUGGGCAUUGAGGCAACAAUUGUAACCUUUGGUGUACUAAUAGAUGGCUUAUGCAAAAAGGGAUUGAUCCAGCAGGCAGUUAAUUACUUUGGCCACAUGAAGAGCAUUGGUCUGCAACCUAAUAUAAUGAUUUAUACUGCUUUGAUUGACGGCCUUUGUAAAAAUAAUUGCCUUGAAGAAGGAAAAAAGCUGUUCAAUGAAAUGCUGGAUGAGAAAAUGAGUCCAGAUAAAAUUAUUUACACUGCUUUGAUUGAUGGGAACCUGAAGCAUAAAAAUCCACAAGAAGCUUCAUGUUUACGGGUGAAAAUGGUUGAAAUGGGUAUGGAGUUAGAUUUGGUUACUUAUACUUCAUUAAUUUCGGGUUAUUGUGACUGUGGUCUCUUACAAGAGGCAAAGUCAUUGCUUGAUGAGAUGGUUGCAAAGAACAUAAUUCCUGAUGAGGUUCUUUGUAUUCGUCUAUUGAGAAAAUAUUAUGAACUAGGAGACAUAACUGAUGCUCUGGCUCUGCAAGAUGAUAUGAUUAAGAGGAGCCUGAUUGCUGGACCCUUUGAUGUUACAGCUUUUUCUGUACACACUUAAGAGGGAAAUCUUGUUUUUCUUAGUCCAUUUUUCCCAGUUAUAGUGACCCAGCAAUUAGGAUUUUGAGGCUUGAUUCCAGGAUUGAAUAACAUAAUUCAAAAGAAUAUGGUGCCUAAUUAUGGAAGGGCAAUUGCCAGUUCCACUUGAUGCUUCUGGAAGGUACUCUUGUGUGAGUUCUGCUUCCA